UAAGAUAGUAUUUAUGCAUUCAAUUUCAUGUACUGAAGUAGUGUAGUCACCAGUGUGUAUAUAUAGAAGCCAUUGUCUAUCAAAAUAAGAAAUCAUCAUAAAUCUGUUGUAUAGUAGAUCAAAGCUAUAUAUAUAACUAAUCAAUUGGAUCAAUCCAAAUGGCUGCUGUUUUCAAGCCUUUGCAGUGCUUACUAAUCAUCACAUUGUUGUCAUUCUCCAACAUACAAAUGAGUGGAGCCAUUCGCGCGCUGCUGCAGGUACCCGGCGAAUCGCUGCUAUCCGCCAUUCUUCCCGCCAGCGGCAGCCACAUUAUCCCCAAUAUUCCGUCAGGAGAUCAACCUGUGCUGUCGUCACCGCCGCCGUUGUCAACGGAUCCGCUUGCUUUCCCGCCAUUGCCACACAAUACAACAUUGUUAGGAGCAGCCUUAUCGCCUCCGUCACCGCCACCGCCAGCAUCCAUAUUGCCAACUUUGCCUUUAGUCCCCCCUUCAGUAAUCCCUUUGCCCAACACUCAAAGCAUUCCAAAUAUUCCAAAUGUUUUACCACCUCCCAUUCCCAACAUACUAAACUAGAUACUCAUGUUUGACUUUCUUAUUCAAAUGUGUUAAUCUUUGACUAAUGAUAAAAAAAUACUCCCUAAAAAUUAUUUAUAAUACUAGUACCAAGUAUGAAAUUGAUAUGAGAAUUUUCAGAAAAUAUAUACGGAAUAUUAAUUAAUAAAAAUAUACGGCGUAUAUUGGAUGGUAAAAGUAAUAGUAUUAUUAUGUAUAUUGGUCAAAGUUUAACAUGUUUGAAUAAGAAACUAACAAUACCUAAUCUAUGGUGGGGUGAGGCCAUGAGGGAGGUAGUAUUAUGUUUUAAUUAAUUUCUCAAUGUACUUUUGUUUUAAAGUCAUAGAAACUUCUCUUAAUUAGAA